AUGAAUAAUAUAAAUAGUUGUAAACGUCGUUUUGCGAAUAGUUUUCGUGUUCAAAAACAUCGUGUUUUGAAAAAAUUGAAACGUUCAGAAGAAAGUGAUUCAGAAAACUCUACAGCGUAUUAUAUAAGUGAUGAUGAUAUUAGUGAAGUAAUAAUAUCUAAAGCUGAAGGGAUUAAUAACAAAAGAGACAAUGUGCGUGAAGCAGAUGAACAAACAUUUAUUCAAAAAGAACUUUCUGAAAACAUCGAAAAUGCAAUCAAUGAGAUUGAAGUGGUACCUGAACUAUUUAAUGUAGAAUGUGAACUAGUGACAAGCGAUGAUGAAAAUUAUAGUACCUAUCAAGAUUCUGAUAAUACAGUUAUGAAUAACAGUUUAAAUCAAGCUGUGACAGAAGAUGAAGCAACGGAUUUAGAAAAAUUAUCUCAAUGGGCUUUAGAAUCUCAAAUAAACCAUGAAGCUUUAACUAAACUAUUGAAAAUCGUUCAGCAACACUGGCAACCUAAUGCACCUAAAUGUGCAAAGACAUUAUUAACUACAGCCCAAGCUAAGUAUCAUAUUAUAGAAAUGACAGAUAAAGACGAAUCUAAAGGAGAAUUUGUCUACAUAGGAUUAGAACAUCAAUUAAAACGGAAUGUAGUUGUUCAUACUGAUACUUCAAAAAAUAUUGAAUUACUUAUUAAUAUUGAUGGAGUUAAAUUGUUUAAAUCGAGCUUGAAAUGUUUUUGGCCAAUUUUGGGAAUGGUAUAUUCAAAUUCUAUACAGAGUGAACCUUUUGUAAUUGCUAUAUAUGCUGGUACAUCAAAACCAAAUAGUUCAAAUGAAUAUCUAAACCCAUUUAUACGUGAAAUUAAUGGUUUAUUAAGAAAUGGGGUUGAAAUAGACGGACAAAACUUUAAAGUGUGUUUGAAAGGAUUUAUUUGUGAUACCCCAGCUCGAGCUUUCAUUAAAGGUAUAGUAAGUCACACAUCUUUCAAUGCUUGCGAACGAUGUAUGGCAAUAGGCAGAAAAAAAAAUAAAACAACAAUAUAUCCCAGCGUUGAUAGCGAAUUAUAUUCAGAUAGGACUUUUAGAAACUUCAUGAAUAUUGACCAUCAUGUAUCUGUAUCACCGUUAAUUGGAAUUAAGCCACCGAUAGACAUGAUCCAUACUUUUAUCCUCGACUUCAUGCAUCUUGGAUUUCUGGGCGUCAUGAAAAAAAUUUCCGAAUUCUUAUUAGGUGAAAUCAAAAAUAAAGGUAAAUUAGAUAAUUCAUCUAAAAAUGAACUUUCUCGUCGUCUCAUCAUGCUUAAACAACACAUACCUGAAGAAUUUCCAAGAAAAUGUCGUCCUUUAGGGGAUUUUACUCGCUACAAGGCAACCGAAUUCAAAUUAAUCGCGCUUUAUUUAGGAAUUAUUUUAUUUAAAAAAAUUUUAGAUAAAAAAAAAUAUCACCAUUUUUUACUAUUUUGUGUAGGAUCUCGAUUGUUGUGGUCUAAAGUAACGGCGGUGAGCUAUAAUGAAACAGCAAAUCAGUAUUUUAAUGAGUUUGUUACGAAACUGCCAAACUUUUAUGGAGAGAAAGCUAUUGUUUUGAAUAUGCAUCAUUUAAAACAUGUGGCAAAAGACGUCAAAUUUACAGGUUAUAGUUUAAGCGAAAUAAAUGCAUUUCCAUUCGAAAAUUUCUUAAUGAAAAUCAAACAUUGGAUACGAUCUCCGCACCUCCCUCUACAACAAUUUUGCAGACGACUUCACGAGCAAUCCUCCAUACAACAACAAAAAAAAUCUUCAUCAGCAUCAACAGUAAUAUUAAAAACUAAAAAAAAUAAAACUGACAUUUUAAACUGCAAUACAAGAAUUCAAUACUCACAACCAAAGAACCAGAUAAUGUCGUGUUGCUACGUAAUAAACAAAUUAUGCAAAUAAAGCGAAUUUUUUCUGACGGCGACUUUGUAAUGCUUGAAGGAAAUAUUUUAGAGAAAAAAAAAAGUAUAUUCGCUGAACCAAUUGACUCAACAGAGUUGGGAGUAUGGGAAAUAAAAAAAAAAACAGUAUUUCAAUUGUUGAAAAUUUCGUUAAAUGAAAUAAAUUGUAAAAUGAUUAAAUUAUCUAUGAAUUAUGCACCCGACGGCUUAAUUAGAGAAUUUGUGAUUCCAUUGCUCCAUGAAUAAUGAAUUUUUGGAAACUCAUCUUUAAUUAGUAGAAGUAAUCGUAGUGGAACAUUUGU